AGAAACCAAAGCUGUGUUAUUGUCAUCUUAGGCUAGAAUCUACUUUGUUUUUUUUACAACAAUCAGAUGCUUGUUCGUUUGAAAUAUUACAGUUUUAGAUAUUAAAUACUAAAUACAGACCAAAUACUCAGUUUUCUUUUAGAUUCUAUAUUUGCAGUGUUAAACUUCUCUCUUUUGUACCACUAUGGCAGAUGAGGAAACAAGUAGAGCUGAUUCACAUCACAGUAGCUCCCCUGCAACACCAAGUAUAAGUAACCCAGGAACACCAAGAUCCGAAGUUGCCCAAGACAUUAGAGCAACACCUCCAUUGGCAAGAGCAACCCCACCCCUGGCCAGGGCCACACCCCCUUUAGCAAGAGCAACACCUCCACUAACACAAGUUCAGCCACAGCUACUGCAUGGGCCACCUGUUAUCCCAGUGAGAACCAUUACACAGGCCCCUCCAGCCCCUUCCCCUCUGGCACACUUGCAUCACCACCAGAGUAAAUAUGCAUCUCUCCUUGCUGUUAUAGAGGACAUGGGAAGAGACAUUAGACCAACUUACGCAGGCAACAGGAGCUCCACAGAAAGGUUGAAACGAAGUAUAGUCCAUGCAAGAAUUCUUGUCAGAGAGUGUUUGAUGGAAUGUGAACGGAGUGCUCGCACCUAAAUGUUUCAUUUUAUCUAUAAAUUAUAAUGAAUAUUUUAUAUUCAGAUAAAAACAAUAACAUGACUUGAAUGUUUUAAAUGUUGUGUGCAUGUACAUAUAUUAUUAACAGUUUGCUUAUGUCUUUUUAAUUUCAACAAAUGUAUCACAUUCUAUGUAUGUUGUAACAAUGACAAUUUUAAAUAGAAAAUCCCAUAUCUUCUAUGAAGUUUGUUUUUAAAAGUUACAUAGCACACUUUUUUUUAAAUUUUAUGUCAUUCAAUUAUAAAUUAACUUAAUUAUGAUACUGCUACUUUUUAAUUUUAAUAUUUAUCAUUGAGGCUAAAAUUAUUAUACCUUGAAAAUAAUCUGGUAACAAUGGCAGAAAGUUUGGUGGCUGUAUUGUUAGUCUUAUAUUUACCAUACUAGUUGGUUUUUUUUAUUGCAAAACAAGUUUACUUGAUAAUAAGUAUUGCUUGAAAAUAGAAUUUUUAAAAUUGUAUCUACUUACUGAAGUGAAACUGGUUUAAGUUUUCAGCUCUGUAUUUUUGUGCUCUUAAUUUUAGUUGUACCAUUUGUUUUAUGUCAUUCUAUUUCUUGGUAUGAAAAUAAAAAUGUAAACCUUUUAAUUAAUGAAUUAAUAACACGUCUAUUAAAAUGUAUUAUUGUAAAUUUGUCAAGUGUUUAUUUUAAGUAAAGUACGGUAACC